AUUGGGUCGUCGGCCCAAGCCAUCGCACGAUGGACAGUCUUUAAAUAAGAGAUAACUUCCGUUGAACCUUUUUUUGAUAUAAAAAUAAAAAUUUACGUGGUCGAGAUUCGAGAAAGUUCGAAGAUAAUUUAUUUGUUUAUCUCCCUCCUCAUAUUCCGGGUUUUCAUUUUUCACUCCAAGAACCCUAAUUCGCAAACCCUAGUUCUUCUAUUCCUCUAUCUGCAAAUCAAUUUUGCGAGAUUAUUCACAUAGGAUCCCUAAAUUAUGGUUUCCAGAAGGGCCGCCGUCAACGAAAUCGAUGGCGCAAGUCCUGGUAAAAUUUUUAUUGGGGGCUUAGCUAAAGAAACAUCUCUUGAUACGUUCACGAAGUACUUUGAAAAGUAUGGGGAGGUGAUUGACAGUGUAAUAAUGAAAGAUCGACAAACAGGUCGACCAAGGGGUUUUGGUUUCAUUACUUAUGCUGAUCCUUCCGUUGUUGAUACUGUCAUCAAAGAGGACCAUAUUAUUAAUGAUAAGCAGGUGGAAAUCAAAAGGACAAUACCUAAAGGUGCUGCGCAAUCAAAUGAUUUUAAGACUAGGAAGAUCUUUGUUGGUGGUAUUCCAGCUACCGUGACAGGAGAUGAACUAAAGGAGUUCUUCUCGAAGUUUGGCAAGGUUUUGGAACAUGAGAUCAUACAUGAUCAUGCUACUAAACGUUCUCGAGGAUUUGGGUUUGUUGUUUUUGACAACGAAAAAGUUGUUGAUGAUAUUUUGGCUAAUGGAAACAUGAUCGAAAUGAAUGGCUCAAGGGUUGAGAUCAAGAAGGCUGAACCAAAGAAAGCCUCAAACCCAGCUUCAGGUUCUGCAUUUGGUAGUGACUCUAGGGCACGUGCAUAUGGAGAUAGUUUCCGAGGAUACCCUGAUACAUAUAGUGGAUUUGGAAGUGGUUAUAGUUCUGCACCCUAUAGGGCAUAUGGAGGCUUUUCUAGAUUUGGUGAUUACAAUGGAUAUGGAGGUGGAGAAUAUGGUGGUGGUUAUGGUGGAGCUGCUAGUAUGGCUGGUUACCGUGGUGAUUCAUCCUAUGGCUACUCUAGCCGCUAUGGCUCUUAUGGUGGAGCUUUAGGUAGUGGUCUAGGAGGAGGGAUGUUUGGUAGAGGUGAUGCUUACGGUGGUGGUAGUGGUUCAGGACCUGGUGCUGGGUAUGGUUCAGGGCCUGGUGCUGGGUAUGGUUCAGGGCCUGGUGCAUAUGGUGGAGCUGGAGCCAUGUACGGACAUAGGGCAGGCUAUAACAGUAGUCGUUACCACCCGUAUUCACGAUAGACAUCAGUAAGAGCCUUACCAUGAUAGGUGCAGUGUCGUUUCUCAGCAUUUUAAGGAUUUAAAGCAAGAUACAAUCCAGCCUUGCUAGAUCAAUAUUGGGACAUUGCAUUAGUUCAUCGCUUCUUUGUUUUACUGAUAGUGUGGGACAUUGCAUUAGUAUUUAGCAUUGUUUUGUAUUCUUGGUUCCGUAGUUGGUUCAGAUUGUCGUUGUGAUCAAACUUAGCGCGCUGGCUUUGAUUCUAUUAAUACUUGGUGUAGUUUGUUGCAAUGCUCGACAAUUUUCUCAAUAUAUAGUAUUUAACCAACAGACAAUGUUAACUGUU